GAGAUCAACUACGAUGUUGUCAUUAAAACCGGUGAUAAGAUGAAUGCUGGUACAGAUGCCAAUGUAUUUAUUCGACUAUUCGGAACAAAGGCUGACUCUGGCCCUAUUCAGAUGAAAAACUCCGACUCAGCUGAGAACAAGUUUGAGACCGGACGCUCAGAUAUAUUUCAUAUCACCGCUUCUGACAUAGGAAAGGUGAGUCCAUUGGUUGAAAAUGCCAUAUUUUUUCAUACCUUCGAGAAAAACGUCUAUGAGUUUAUCGCUUUUCUUAGUAGUCUCUCGGAUGUAGUCCUCUCUUAUCACUUCUACUGGAGUUUCGUCUAA